UAGAGGGUUGGAACUCUCCUGUGGGUCUGUUGUCUGCGCUUCAGCCGAAAGGUCAAUCCCUGUCGUCUUCCCUUCUAAAAACACCCAGACCAAAACAACAAUGGCCGCUGUCCACCGCCUUGUGAUCGUGCGUCACGGCGAGAGCCAAUGGAACCAGGAGAACCGCUUCUGCGGCUGGUUCGACGCCGACCUCAGCGAGAAGGGCAUGGAGGAGGCGCGGCGCGGCGCCCUGGCUAUCCGCGACGCCGGCAUGAAGUUCGACGUGUGCUACACGUCGGUGCUGAAGCGCGCCGUCAAGACCCUGUGGACCAUCCUGGAGGGCACGGACCAGAUGUGGCUGCCCGUGCACCGGACCUGGAGGCUGAACGAGCGCCACUACGGCGGGCUGACCGGGCUCAACAAGGCCGAGACGGCCGAGAAGCACGGAGAGGAGCAGGUGAAGGUGUGGCGCCGGUCCUUCGACACGCCCCCGCCCCCCAUGGACGCGGAGCACGCCUACAGCAAGAUCAUCAGCGGGUCCAGGCGCUACAAGGGGCUAAAGGCAGGCGAGCUGCCCACCUGUGAGUCCCUGAAGGACACCAUCGCCCGCGCCCUGCCCUACUGGAACGACGUCAUCGCUCCCGAGAUCAAGGCCGGCAAGAACGUGAUUAUCGCUGCCCACGGCAACAGUCUCCGUGGCAUCGUCAAGCACUUAGAGGGCAUGUCCGACGCCGCCAUCAUGGAGCUGAACCUGCCCACGGGGAUCCCCAUCGUGUACGAGCUGGACGCCGACCUGAAGCCCGUCAAGCCCAUGGCCUUCCUGGGUGACGAGGAGACGGUGAAGAAAGCCAUGGAGGCAGUCGCCGCCCAGGGCAAAGCCAAGAAGUAACUGCAAGAAGCCCUGCCGUUUGACCAACAUGGAGGAACACCAAACAACCUUUUUUUUAUUCCAAAAAGCACUUUCACUUCAUUGUGUCGUUUUUUUCGAAACUCUUCAUCUCAUCUGCCUGUGUAUCGUCCGCUGUGGACACUGCUGUCCAUUCCAUCUGGACAUGAAUGCAGUUCUGCCAGUGGGAGCUGUGUUUAAAGCUAUUACAGGGCCUUCUGGUUGGACAGACUGAGGACAGGCAGAGUGACCUUGACCUGUCCUUGGUCCAGCUGUGUUUCACGACAAAAAAAAACUCCAUGACACCAAUCGAUUUGGAAUGCAGCCCAGACACACAGAAAAUGCCACAUUUGUCAAAUCCAAUAAAGUGAACUUUUUUGUG